AUGUCAUCGGUUUUGAAAGAAACUGGAUUCCAACUGUAUGUUAAAUGUCUACUCCCAACACUCUUGCCAAGAAUACUCAAAAGCCAAAUCAUUUUACAGAUACGUUACAUUAUGAGGCUUACGAAUAACUCUUUUUCCCUGUUUUUUAUGGCAGAAGAGCCUCAGAACUUGAACCCAAAUGCUUAUCUCAUGCAGCUUGUACAGAAGAAUCCUACAAUUACCGCUCGGGACGGAAAUAAAACUCUCGCAGAAGAUAUCAAAAUAACGCAAGCUUAUGUUAUUCUCGGUACAAUUGCAGAUACAAUGCUGCGUCAAAUGGAGGGUGCUUUGAAAUCUGUAAAAAGAAAGGCAGCUAUUGAUAACUAUUGGAAGAACUCUGCUACAAUUGCUUCAACCUCUAUUAACUAUGAAAAACCGAAGGAAGAGGCAACGAGUACGGGUACGCAAUUGUUCGAGAGCAAUAGAGUAGAAAACCAAGAAGAUGAAGGUGUAGCUCAGGACAAUCCCAACAAUAGUGGCGAAAAAGAUGACGAAAAUGGUGUUGGUGAUAUUUGGGAAUCCUGGAAAAUAUUAUUAAAAAAUCUUCAGAGACCAGUGCUGCCUGUGGAGCUUUUCCAAGAGCUAAACAAGCAAGUUCCAAAUAUCAAAACGCAACCAGUUGAUCGUAUUUUUAAACAAGUGUUAUGGGAGGCAUACGAUACAGUAAGAUAA